GCCCUGCUCUGCGUUAUAGAGAGAAAGCGGCUUGUUCCGUUGAACUCGGCUCUGCAAGCAGCUUGACUUCCUUCCUGCUUUAUGUACAUUAAACAAACAUACUGGUGCUGCUGACGAGCUGUGCCGGUCAAGGCGGCCACGGUAUUGAUGAGUAAGCUGGUAAACAAAAACUUAAUGUCUGCGAGGACUGGUGUUUAGAUUCCCUUUGUGGAAACGGGAAGAUUGGACCGUACUUUCAUACUUAAACUGAGUAGACUUGAGUUUAGCUGUGCUUUUGGGGACAUCGUCGCGUUCUUGCUGGAGGAUUAAACAUGAGGUUUGGAUAGGAGCGCCGUUUGUGACUGUAAAGCCACUGUACUUUUACUACGAGCCUUUGGUCCUAAGAAGAUGUCUGCUUUGGAGUAGAACCGACAACGCCUAAGCAUUCUACCUUUCAUUGGUUCUGUUUUACAUUGCAAGUUUCUCAUCAAUUGUUCCUAUCGUCACGUGCUCUCCCCCACCCCCCGCACCAUCGAAGCCAUGGUGGGGUCCAAACGCUGGUUGGAGAACCAGAUCUAGGGCUUCAUGGAAGCCCAACGAGAGAGUGACAGCCUGGCAUCAUGGCUGCAUGUGCUUUGAACAGCUUGAUCGUGAUGAGCACCAAUAACCUGAAAAGCGACAGCAGUCCUCGACCCGCAAGGCCGGUUCUGCUGGUGCCGGACCGGACGACGUACUGCCAGGGGCUGAUGCCCAGGGCCCCAUAUAGUCCCGGGGGCUUGAGUCCCAGCUCCUCUAGCUCAGCCUUCAACUUCACUUCUGCACCAACUAGCCCUGGCAGCCACCGAUCCCGCUCUCCGGGCCGACCCUCGACCUCCCUGGAGACAGGCACAGGUGGCCGGGUCCGGCAUCUCAGCGGAAGCCCUGCGCGACCGGGGCCCGUUGACGAUGACCUGCGAUCUUUCAGUCCGGGCCCGUCGACCUCACGCCGUUCCGCGCACAUCCAGCAGAUCCACCGGGAGCUGCAGAAUGUCCAAGUCAACCAGAAGGUGGGCCUGUUUGAGGCCCAGAUCUCUGACCAGCGAAGCCAGGCGCAAAAUUUGGAGAUCCAGCGUAGCCCGCGGACCCCUCGCCGGCCCAGCUCUGUUUCGGAAUCCAGCAGCCUGGAACCCAGGGAGGUCCGACGGAGAUCUUCAUCACCAAUCCCGCAAGAGCUACAGAAUGGGCGAGGCGGGUGUAGCAUACCUGGCAGGGUAGGGGGGCGCGUGGGGGAAGACUGUGCCACUGACCUAGUUGCGGAGCGGGGCUGUUUGCGCGCAAGCCCAUCGGCGGAAGUCCAAGUCCAAGGAGAUGGCCCAAUCAGUGCCGGGUCUCCUGGCAUCGGUGUCAUCAUCACAGGGACAAAACUCAGAGAGCCAACCCAGAUCAGCCCGCCUGCAGAACUCAAAGGGAGUGGUGCUUCUGCACUGGAGGGCAGCUGCUCUGAGGCUACGAACAUUCCCGCAGUCAUCAUCACUGACCUCGGGGCUGAGGGAUCGGGAGAGGGCACAGAGGCACAGCUUAGCCCCAGCCCCAGCCCCACCAGGGCCCAGAGGAAGCUCUCGUCCUCAUCUGCCUCCUCCACUGGCUUCUCCUCUUCCUGGGAGGAGUCGGAGGAUGACAUCUCCAGUGACCCCGAGCGUGGAGAAGGCCGCUCUCCAGCCUUCCUGCAGACGCAGCAGAAAGCUCAUAAAUCUUGGAAGAAGAUAAAGAAUAUGGUGCACUGGUCGCCCUUCGUGAUGUCCUUCAAGAAGAAGUACCCCUGGGUGCAGCUCGCUGGACAUGCAGGAAGCUUCAAGGCAGGAGCCAACGGGCGUAUCUUGAAAAAGCACUGCGAGAGCGAGCAGCGUUGCCUGGACCGGCUCAUGCGUGACGUCCUGCAGCCAUACGUCCCCGCCUACCACGGCGACGUGGAGAAGGACGGCGAGAAGUACAACCAGAUGGACGACCUGCUGGCGGAGUUCGACCUGCCCUGCGUCAUGGACUGCAAGAUGGGUGUCAGGACGUACCUGGAGGAGGAGCUGACGAAGGCGAGGAAGAAGCCCAGCUUGCGGAACGAUAUGUACAAGAAGAUGAUCGAGGUGGACCUGGACGCGCCCACGCCGGAGGAGCAUGACCAGCAGGCCGUCACCAAGCCCCGCUACAUGAAAUGGAGGGAAACAAUCAGCUCCACAGCCACUCUGGGCUUCCGCAUCGAGGGCAUCAAGAAGGAAGAUGGAACAGUAAACAGGGAUUUCAAGAAGACCAAGAGUCGGGACCAAGUGAUCGAGGCCUUUCACGACUUCGUCAAGGGAAACAAGAACAUCCUGAAAUGUUACCUGAAGAGACUGAAGGAAAUAAGGGACACUCUGGAAAUAUCCACCUUCUUCAAGACGCACGAGGUCAUUGGCAGCUCUCUUCUCUUUGUCCAUGACAAGCGGGACCAAGCCAAGGUGUGGAUGAUAGACUUUGGGAAGACCACACCUUUGCCGGAGGGCCAAAUGUUGGACCAUCGGGCCAUGUGGGUUGAGGGCAACCGAGAGGACGGUUACCUGUGGGGAAUGGACCACCUCGUAGACAUUCUGGCUGACAUGGUGGGGCAGGACUCUGGUUAGGGGGUGUGGAGUGGGGGCACCAGCGGCCGGAACACGCGCACUACAAAGGAAGGCAUGGCACCUCUGCUCAUGGAUUCCACCCUCCCCUCUUGACGGAGCGGGCUGGCAGCUGAGUGGACCACAAAUGUGAUGGUUGUGUAUCCAUGUUGUAUAUAUUCAUAUCCACAGUAGACUCUGCAGAAUGACACAAGUGUGGUCCUGUUCUAUACUGCCCCUCCACAAACAGUUAUCUUAAUCUUAAUCUUAGAAUUUUGUAAGCUUUUUAAAAUGAUGUACUAUUUUAAACAGUGCUGUUUUAUCUAAAGACUGAUGGCACUUUCCAUGACAUUUUCUCACUUAUGUUCUCUUCUGGAGUGUCUGCCUCGUUGAAAAGAGAUGUUCUCAGCAACGCCGGCAAACCUUAUGGGUGACCCUAAAACUUUAACUAACCAUUAAAAUCUCAUUUCUGUUUUUGGUUUUCUGGCUGUCAUCCGGAUUGGUAACUAGAUGUCUUUGUUUCAUCAUAUAGUUCUCAGCCUGUACGGGAUGACUAAGAAAAUAUAUUGCCUGCUGACAGCUUUGAAGAAAACAUUAAACAUACUUUUGAAGGAACCGCGUAGUAACAAAACAUGUCAACAGUGUACGAGAGUGAAGUGGAGUGAACGUAGGGUUAGGCGUAGCGCCCCCCUGUGGGCAGGCUGGGUGGGAUUCAGGUGAGUUUACUGACUUUUGCAGGAAGCAGGUGAGCAGGGUGACAUAGACGCCGCAGCAUACGAGUCUGAGGUCAGUUCCCCAUCUCGGGUGAUGUUCCCAGGAAGUCCUCAGCCCCCCCAGCCCUAAUCCUGUGGCCGGAGCAGGCAAUGGGGGGGUUCCCACUUCCUCCUUUGCAUCCUGUUCCCAGCUGGCCCCCGUCGCCACGGUUUCCCAUCCCCUACAGUGGCACCAGCAGGACAUCCCCCGCCCGUAUUUUUCCAUGCCAGGACAUGCCGACCAUCACCCCCCCCCGUCCCCCCCCGCCCCACAAACCAAUCGGCCAGAUGUACCUGCGGUCCACCAAUCCCCCCCAGGUACUGUUUACAUGAGCAUUUGCCAUGCAAACCCAUCUCGAUGGCGGCGCUAAACACACACACACAGCCUGCAGAGGACGAUUGACUAGGCUUGACAGUUUUCAUAGUCUUGCUGUCUAAACAGGUCACAGCUGGGUAUUACCAACAGCUCAUUUAGCAUGAGGAUUCAUUUCUGGCUGGAGUGAUGAUGGUCUAGCACGUAACGUAAUGUUCCAGGCUUAAUAGACAUUUGCUGCCGCAAUAUAACCUUAUUAGUCUGCAAGUAAUGAUUAGGAUUAGGAUUGCAAAACAUCCCAGAGAAACUGCUGCAUAACAAUAUAUUAUUAUACACAAAGCGUUCUGCUUCCAUCGCUGACUUUUGCAGCAAGCUACUCUUGAUGUUUAUGUGGGGAACUGAGAAAGGUUUUGGCUCUAGUAGGACCCUGGGUUCCUAAAAAAUUGCACAGUUCCCUUCACUACUGAACACUUUCCGAUGGCCGGUAGGAGGUGUGUGUACAGAUGAGGCCCAGUCAGGAGAGAUAGCGUGUGGGUAUGUACGCUGCCGACGACUAGUGCAGUGCCGGUAGGUGACUGAGUCAGCCCUCUGUGGCUCCUUCUUGGACAGGGGUGUCAUCUUUGCGAGCAGUGGCUACAUGUAGAGCACCAUCCACAACAACGUUAAAUUGGGUGGGGAAUUUUGCCCAGGUGGGGAAGCCGACGUAUGUUGGAUUCGACCGGCACUGAUCUUUUGGACACGUGCACAGGCCAGACUCUGUGAGGCCUAGGGACCCUCACAUAACCUCUAACUGCAGAAGAUCCUGCUGGGAGAUGCAGGGAAAGGAGCACAUAUGCAGUUAGUGACUAUACUGUAGCAUGCACACUGUAUAUCCAGUGCAGAGAAAUGUGAGUUUUCACCUGAAAAGAAACAACAUUGCCAGUAACUGAGCAUGCAGACAUUCCAGUAUCUCCACGUGUAAAAGGCCGUAUUUUUACCACAAUUUACAUUGUGUUAUAUCCUAGAGUGACUGGAGAGUCAUACACGUCAAAGUAGCGUUACAGCUGCUGACAGUGAAUUUUUCUUUAACAUUUUUAAAUAUUUAAAUAUAUUUAAAUAUUAAACAUUUUAAAUAUUGUUUCUUAAUCAAGAAACAGCUUGAAUUUUUUUGUAAACGGGACAGCAGAUAGCCUGGUCACUCAAUCUAUUUAAAAAGAGUCACUAAAAUUUUACCUCCAUGUAAAAUUUAUACAUAUGUACCAACAGCCCACGUGCUGUUUAUGUAGGAGAUAAAGACUUGCUACAUGUAUGUUUUCCUGGAAAAGUAAUUAAACUUUUAAAAAUG